AUGUACGUCGUGCAGCAUAACUUCGACUUGGAGCGGCAGAAGUCAGAUUCGGUUUCCAACCACUCGUCCCACCAGCACAACAGCUCGGCGGACGGCAUUGACUCGUUGUUAAACAGCUGUCCCGCCGAGUUGGAGAGCUCGCAGCAGAAUUCCCCGGUGUUGUCCCGACAGGUGACCGCAAACACGUCCGGUGGCGGCAACAGCUCCCGGUCGGUCUCCCGGCAGUUAACCGCCAACAGCAACACAAGUUUUCCCCGGGCGUCGCUCGUGGCUGGGUGUACGAUCGAAGACCAGGAGGGGGAGGAAGAAAAUGUCGCUUUCAACCUACUUCCCACCCGCAGCGCAACUUCUCCUCGGGCAAAGGAAGGAACGGAACGGGAAGAACCACAGGGCGGGGGUAUUGCAAGAAAUGGAAACAGUUUUGUUGAAACUCAAAGUCAAACUACUAGUAGCGAAAGAACGUCGUCCGAAGUGGCCGCAUGUAGUGCGACAACCGAUCACGUUUUAUUUUCCGCUAAUCGUGCAAGCAGCCGGUCGCGGCUAGGCGCAGCAGCAGCUCUUGCUGGGGAGACAAUUCUACACCAGAAUGGAGCUCCUGCAGCUAGUUCGUCUUUAGCGAUCCCAGAGCACCGGGAGCAAGUCGAGCAGCACUACGGAGAGCAGCACUUAAUGCAACACCGUCCGGCGGCGCACCAUUUCCACGGGAGUAAUGGCUUAGUUUCGCAACAUGGCGACUCGUUGUUGUACCACCACACCUCGCAACUCUCCAGCGGCCAGCAAACUUCAAACUCCCUGAAUUGGCAGACCUCGGGGUUUCAAAGCACGUAUGUCAUCACCCGGGAGCAGUCGGAUGUGACGGGGAAUUCGAAUUUGUCGGGGGAUCAGGAGCAGAAUUUGAAAAAUUGUAAUGCGGACGAAGAAGAGGACAGCUACGAAAAUUUUAAGGCCUUCGGUAAUAGGUCUGAUCUUGGCGCAGGAAGUUGUACGGAGCAGGGAGCUAUUAACCCCGAGGUGCGAGAAAAAGCGAAGAAUUAUAACAACACCCUGGUAGAGGGAGGCAAUGGUGGCUCUGUUCCUCGAGGUGGGAUGAACAAGCAUCAUGAGCAACAAACGUCAUCAUCUUCAUCACCACAGAUUGCGAAUUACAACACGACAGCAGCUGCUGCAAAAACUUCUACCUUUCACGGGACGGUACUCUCUCCGGUGCUGCAAAGUAGAAGGACGACUGAAAGUUUGCUAUCGACGCCGCGCUUCGGCGAAGCGAGUCCUCCUGCCUGUCGCUGCUGUUGCACCACUUCGGCGGGAAGCUUCUCAACAGCUCCCACUUGCAAGCUUCUAUUUUCACGCCGUGGGCGCAGAGUGCUGCGAGUCUGAUCCUCAGCCACGGGUGCGAAAAUUUGGUAAAUCAGAAGCACAACUCCAUGACCACGCUGAUCGCCCUAGCUUACUACACCGAGACCCUCUGCAUCAGCGACCAGAAGGCCACCGCCAUUGCGAAGAUUCUACUGGACUUCGGAGCGGAUUUGACUGCUACCCGACUGGGGGAGACAGCCUUGGACUACGCAGUGAAAUCCGGCAAAACGGAGCUUGCGUCUCUGCUAAGGAUGGAGGAACUUGCGGCGAAAUCCACCCGGGAUGAGCUGGACAGAUCUCUUGCUCUUGGCGGUGCAGGAGGGGCGUCAGCUGGAUCGGGUUCGGGUGCUGCGGUCGGGAGCUCUGGGAGCGGAUCGGGUGGGAGUGGGGGCACGGAUCCGAAGCGGCGCCGGGUUGGGUAGAGGUGAGCGGAGUCAUUCCUGUGGUUGAUACUUCUUUCACACAAGACGAUGUCGAGGGAUUUGGAUGGGUUGUUGGGGGCUCUGUCCGUUUUUUAUAUCCAUUUUUUAUAUCCAUUUUUUUUACAUCCAUUUUUUUGAGAAGCGCAAAUGUUAAUGUAGGGAAAAGAAGGCCCGUGUCGGUGUCCGUCCCUUUCCGGUUAAGGGCACAAUUCCAUCAGAAUCAAAACAAAGUUUGCGAAGGAUGUCUCUCACUGUUGGAGGACCAAAAAUCGACGAUCCUUUUAUUUUCAAAAUAAGUCUAUCGCAUCCUGUAAAUCAAAAAUAAAUCCUAUCCGCACAACAUGGUGAU